ACUUCUAGUGCUUCCACUUUGUGUCUUGUUAGCAUCUUUUGCCAUCAAAGCAUCACAUUCAAUCACAUAUAUGCUAUAACAAUCAGCUCUCAUUACCAUACAGGCAAUACAAACAGUCAAAUAUGCCCCAAUAUUUCAAUAAAUUGCCAUCUUCUAAAGUCCAUGGUCUGUUCUCGUUACAACAAAUUACCCUUUUAAAGCUUAUUUUCAUUCCAUGCAUGGCUAGUCUAUUACCUCAAGGACAUGCUGAAGAAGGCAUGAACCAUACAAAGGAAAACGGACACAAGCUUCUUCAGGUAAUAAGUCCACAGCUUCUAUUUCAAAUAAAAAUUCAUGGAUGUCUCCUAUGGGCUUCCCUAGGCUUCUUGAUGCCUAUUGGUAUUUUGGUCAUAAGAAUGUCUCAGAGAGAGGAAUUUGGACGGAAGAUGAAGAUCACCAUGUUCUAUGCACAUAUUGUCCUAGAGAUUCUUGUUGUCCUCCUUGCAACCGUAGGAGCAGCAUUGUCCAUGAAAAACUUCAACAACUCCUUUAUCAACAGCCACCAGAGAAUGGGAUUAGCCCUUUACAUCGCCGUGUGGCUGCAAACCUUAACCGCGAUUCUACGGCCAAACCGGGAAAGGAGAGGAAGGAGUGGCUGGUUUUUUUGUCAUUGGUUACUGGGGACUUCAAUCUCAUUACUGGGAGUUGUGAACACAUACACUGGCCUACAAGCCUAUCACAAGAGAACAUCAAGAAGUAUAAACUUUUGGACCUUAAUCUUCUUCACUCAGAUUUCUCUUGUCAUCUUUUUGUAUCUAUUUCAAGAAAAAUGGAACUAUAUCAAGAAAGCCGGAAAGGUUAAGGGCAGCAAUGAAGAAGUACAACCUACAUAUCAAGAAACACUUUCUGGAGAUGAGAAAAGCAAAAAUAUUACCCUAGCCAGCCACAAUGCUUAAAAUUACCUCAAAAUACCAUAGAAUUUGUAUAUUAAAUUGAAGUUAUGAUUACAAUUCUUAAAUAAAUG